GAAGUCUCAGGGUGCGGCGGGGGGCCCCUCCCAAUUCCCCACGGCCUCCACCUCUAGGCGGGUGAGUUUGCGCAGUGUGAACGUGUGUCCGCAGCGUGAUGGGCAACCAGGUGGAGAAACUGACCCACCUAAGUUAUAAGGAAGUUCCCACCGCCGACCCGACGGGCGUGGACCGGGACGACGGGCCCCGCAUCGGGGUCUCCUACAUCUUCUCCAAUGACGACGAGGACGUGGAGCCGCAGCCGCCGCCCCAGGGGCCGGAUGGCGGUGGCGGCGGUUUGCCCGACGGCGGGGACGGGCUGCCGCUGCCCUCGCCGCAGCCCUAUGACCCGCGGCUGCACGAGGUGGAGUGCUCCGUGUUCUACCGCGACGAGUGCAUCUACCAGAAAAGCUUCGCGCCGGGCUCCGCGGCGCUGAGCACCUACACGCCCGAGAACCUGCUCAACAAGUGCAGGCCUGGCGACCUGGUGGAGUUCGUGUCGCAGGCGCAGUACCCGCACUGGGCUGUCUACGUGGGCAACUUCCAGGUGGUGCAUUUGCACCGGCUGGAGGUGAGCAACAGCUUCCUGACGGACGCCAGCCAGGGCCGGCGCGGCCGCGUGGUAAACGAUCUAUACCGCUACAAGCCUCUGAGCCCCAGCGCCGUGGUGCGCAACGCGCUGGCGCACGUGGGCGCCAAGGAGCGCGAGCUGAGCUGGCGCAACUCCGAGAGCUUCGCCGCCUGGUGCCGCUACGGCAAGCGCGAGUUCAAGAUCGGCGGCGAGCUGCGCAUCGGUAAGCAGCCCUACCGGCUGCAGAUCCAGCUCUCUGCGCAGCGUAGCCACACGCUCGAGUUCCAGAGCCUGGAGGACCUGAUCAUGGAGAAGCGGCGCAACGACCAGAUCGGUCGCGCCGCGGUGCUGCAGGAGCUCGCCACGCACCUGCACCCCGCCGAGCCGGACGUAGGCGACAGCGACGCCGCGCGGACUACGCCGCCUCCCGGGCGCCCCCCCGCGCCCGCCCGGGAGGAGGGGGACCGAGAGGCGGUGGUUCACUGACGGGCGAGCUGAGAGCGGAGCUGUGUGAGGGAGCUGUUUGUAGCCGCCGCCGCUCCCUCCCUCCUCCACCACCUUCUGGGCCCCAUCUGGGCUCCUGGGCCAUGUGGAAAACGGAGAGUUGGCGAAAAGCGCAGCCAGCUGUGGCUUGAGUUUGUUAUCUUGCACGGAGGAGGAAGAGGGAGCAGGCAGGAGCACUCGGCAGGCCGGGGCGCUUCUCGGCUUCUUGCCCGCCGGCUCAGUCUGCCUUCCUUUCCCGAGGUGAGGCGCACUGUGGACUUGCCGGACGCUUAAUCCCUGCUGGACUUGCGUCCCGAAAUCGACGCCUCUUAUACACUUAGGGGUGGAGAAAAGUUCAGAGUACCAGUGCCUGCUGUUGCCUUCCGCCCGCUUCCCCUCCUACCAUGGGCUUGGAGGAUGCCCUGUAGUAAAGCCAGAGCAGGUCUGUGGUGGUGCUACCUCCAAAGAGCAGUGUGAGGGGUCUGGGAAGCUGGGGUGAUUUAUCUUGUGUUUUUUUCUGGGGUUCAAGGCUAGUAAAACCAGGACCAGGUCUGGGAGCCGCAGACUGAAAUCAAGCAGCCCCCUGUGAAGUGUAACAAAUAGUUGAGUACACUUGGGCUACAAAACAAAGAUUUUGCUACUUGCCCCCUCCCCAUCCCCAAGCGAUCUGUCUUUUGGAGCUGGCUUCCAGCUGAGUCUCCUGGGCCAUCGCCACUUCCCAGGUUACAUGUAAAUCAUUGUCAGGGGCCAGCUAAAGAAAGGAUUCAGUUUCGGUUCUGUUCUGCUGCCUUUGUUUCUCGCUUGCUAUUGUAGGCACUUGGAGCUGCGGUAUUUGUUAUCAAAGGAGGGAAUAGCCCUUUGUGUCUCUGAUCUAAUUAAGCCUGCUUGGCCAUGUUCAUCCCCAGGUCACACGGGAGGUUGGCUGCUGCCACCCCAUAAGGUAUCCACUACAGAAACAGCCAAACAGGGUUGCCCUGGCAGGAAUCAGUCAGUUUCCUGUCCAUUCCCCCACCUGACUCUCUUCCUGAAUAGUGAAGGUAACUUUUUUUUUUUUUUUUUAAUUUAAGGCUUUGGUGUGGUGGUCCUGUGAAUUUUUGUUUUCCUUCACUGCCUCAUUCCCCUCACUCAGUUUUGUUUUGCUGGUGGUAAAAUCUUAGGCUUGAGGCAUAUUUCAGUGAUAGUUGUUUAUUUUGCUAGCCACACUCGAUGCAAUUUAAUUCAAGAUGUAAAGUCUUGUUAUAUUGCUGCAGUCUUCCUUGUCGCUUGGAGAACACUGCUUCAGAAUGCUUUCUCAAUGAAGAGGAGUGACAGCAAUCAUAAAUAAAUGCAACCUGGUGUAGUCAGCGCCAGAUCUGGUGACAGUCCUAAAGCAUGGAUUGGUGAUUGUGGGAUCUGUCCGAAGCAGGAUGGCUGAUACUAUUUGAAUCUGCUGCUGUGUUUGCUUUACUCUGAGGCUUUAAAAAAUGUGUACAAUCUGUCCUUUGUUUUCGUGUGAGCUCUUUAAUGAUGUGUGCCCUUGAUUUCAGAAUCCUUCUCUGCUGCACAUUGGCAUUGCUAAUGCUGUCUCAAAAGUUGAGUAAAGUUUCUUUUUUUUCUCUUGGGAAUCAUUAUAGAUUACACUGAACAAGUCAUUUUGUGACCCAAUUCUUACAGCUGGAGUAGACUCAUACUUGAGUGUUCUACGGUGGUGGCCAUCCUUAGGCCUCCUGCCUGGAGAUCUUUAAAUCAAGGCAACAAAACUUGAAGGAUUUCCUUGUACACGUACUUUUUUUUUUUUUUUUUUGGUAUGCGGGCCUCCCUCUGCUGCGGCCUCUCCCGUUGCGGAGCACAGGCUCCGGAUGCGCAGGCUCGGCGGCCAUGGCUCACGGGCCCAGCCGCUCCGCGGCACGUGGGAUCCUCCCAGACCGGGGCACGAACCCGGUUCCCCUGCAUCGGCAGGCGGACGCGCAACCACCGCGCCACCAGGGAAGCCCGUACACGUACUUUUUUUAAACUUGGGAAUUUGAGGCCAUAAUUUUUAAAAGCCUAGACCUUUAUAGCACCUCAACAUGAAAUUAUUUCAUUACAAGGGCAUUAGCUAUGUUCUGUGUUUUCACAGGAAUCCCCAAACAGGUCCUGUCACUGUUAAAGAUGAACCACACUCAGCCCUGGUCCAAGAAUCUGAAGCGUCAGUCUCCUGUUGGAAAUGUUGAUCUAGUUUUCUUGUUUAAUGAUCUCGCAGCUUUGUGUUUGUAUUCUUUUGCUCAUGGAAAAGCGGAGCAAGGUAAACGUGGGUAAAGACAUUUAGGAGAGCCUUCUAGAUUUGGAUUGUCUUUUUAUGUUUAACACAAUCAAGGGAAAGUUGAAUGUAAUGACAUUGUGCAGACAGCAAGAGAGAAGAACAGAGCAGCACUGUCUAGCAGCUCUGGGCUAGCCAGCCAGCUCUCUUUUCCACUGCCCGGUCUCUGUCUCCCUCCUUCACCCCUCAAUGGAAAGUGAAUGUCAUUGGUCACACCGAGGGACAGCAGUGACUCUGUUACAAACAGCUUUGUGAGAAAUCUCAACUUGAAGGAAGAACUGUAAAAUCCAUAUCAGUAGUAGCAUUCUCCCUCUAGAGAAGAGGUUUUUGAUAACAGGGCUUGAAAAUGAUCUAGAAGAGGAAAGACCUACUCCAGAUGCUGCUUUAUCACGUGUUUUUACAGGGUACCAGAGAUGUGAAGUAAGUAAUGCUUCGGAACAGCAUUCUGUUGGAAGUUUUAUUAGGGUCAUCAUGCUUAAAGUAAAGCACCAACCAGCCACUUGAAGGUUGCAAGGAAAGGGGACUGAAUCAACUGUUGGCAUCUUUCUUGAAGAUGGCAGUGUUGUGGAUAAGAGUUUUUAAUGUCCAGGCAAUGGCUACAUCUGGCACUUUAAAAUAUAUAUAUAUAUUUAAUAAUUUUUGUUUCUCCUUAGGACUAAGACUCUAGAACUCUUUUGUACUGUCAAUUACGGAUGCUCUUUGAAGGCAAGGAAUAUUGAUUCUAAUGUUCUUUAGAAGCUCUGGCAGGGAUAAGCAGGACACCCAACUGGAACGGAUGCUAAAUAUAAUCAGACAAAUUAUAUUUUCUUACUUGAGCAAAUAUUUUAUUGAGACUGCUUAUGUAUGGCAAAGGAGCCUACAACUUCGGCUACACAACUUUUUAUAUUGAAAGAACUCAUACUUUUUGUAGUUUUAUUCUACAUUUAAUUUAAAAUGACUUUAUAGCACUAACAAGCCUAGCAGAAGACUUUACUCCAGACCUUUAAGGAAAUUUUUAGUUUUUAUGAAAAAUGACACUUCAGUAGUUAAAUUUCUCAUGUCUUUGCUGCUUCUGGCCCUAAGAGCACCAGUCGACAACCCCAUAACCACAUGGAAACAUAUUUUUGGAAGCAAAACUUUAAUUUUCUACAACAUAUGCUAUGGAGAGUGAAGAAAAUUUAAGGAUUACUUGUUUUCUAUUUUUUUUCUCUUAACAAAGUGGAAUCCACUGUGUUGAAGACUCUUGAUAUUAUGUGAUUGUCUAACCAUUGUUUUUUUGUAAAUCAAAAUAAAAUCUAGUGUGAUCAUCAUUGAAAGGAUUUGUUUGGAAAGUUACAUUUUAUUUGUGAAUUUUUUUUUUUAAUCAGGGUAACUAUAAACUUGACUGGUUUAUUCAGCUUUUCAUUAUGUUUUGUUCUUAGCGAUACUUGUGACCCAUGGAGAAUUACAUUGACUAACUUGAUAAAUUUCACAUGUAUUUUAUUUCCUAGUGAAUUGUGUAAACUUUAUUUUUGUUGAAGAUUGUAUGUUAAAUCAAUGUUAUGUUCUCACACCACUUCUUGAGAAGGAGGUUCCGAUUUGAAAUUGUAUCAUUUCCUUCAAAAUGAAGGGCAAGUGCUUAGUUAAAUAAAAGAUUGAUGACAUCUUUUAAACCAUUUCCUCCUCACUAUGUCUUAUUAAAAUAGAAUCUGUCAAGUCCUUUUGAAAAAUGCUCUGAGGGUUUCCAAUAAACCAUUCAUUAGAGUUAACUAUUUAUAUAUGGUUUUUUUUCCAUUUGUAUACUUUCUGCCAUUUUUUGGUCCAAAUCCAAGCUCCUCGGCUU